GCCCAAGGGCAGUGCCGGGAGGUGCCCUGCAGCGCUGGUACCUGACCACCUUCCCUGGUUUUUGACACUGAAUCAGGAUCGUGUCAACUAAAGAUGGAAACACUGGAGUCAGAAUUGACCUGCCCAAUCUGCCUGGAGUUAUUUGAGGACCCCCUCCUGCUGCCCUGUGCCCACAGCCUCUGCUUCAGCUGCGCCCACCGUAUCCUGGUGUCCAGCUGCUCCUCCAACGAGUCCAUCGAGCCCAUCACUGCCUUCCAGUGCCCCACCUGCCGCUAUGUCAUCUCCCUCAACCACCGGGGCCUGGAGGGCCUCAAGAGGAAUGUGACCCUGCAGAACAUCAUUGACCGCUUCCAGAAGGCAUCCCUGAGCAGCCCCAACUCCCCCAGUGAGAGCCGCCGCGAGAGGACCUACCGCAACAGCCCUACCAUGUCCGUGGCCGGCGAGAGGAUCGCUUGCCAGUUCUGUGAGCAGGAUCCCCCCCGGGACGCUGUCAAAACCUGCAUCACUUGCGAGGUGUCCUACUGUGACCGCUGCCUGCGGGCCACCCACCCCAACAAGAAGCCCUUCACCAGCCACCGGCUUGUGGAGCCUGUGCCCGACGCACACUUCCGAGGACUCACGUGCCUGGAGCACGAGAACGAGAAGGUGAACAUGUACUGUGUCGCUGACGACCAGCUCAUCUGUGCCUUAUGUAAACUGGUGGGCCGCCACCGGGACCACCAAGUGGCAUCGCUCAGCGAUCGCUUUGAGAAGCUCAAGCAAACCCUGGAGACAAAUCUCACCAACCUGGUUAAACGCAACAGUGAACUGGAAAACCAGAUGGCUAAGCUGAUCCAGAUCUGCCAGCAAGUGGAGGUGAACACAGCCAUGCACGAGGCAAAGCUGAUGGAGGAGUGUGAUGAGCUGAUGGAGAUCAUCCGCCAGCGCAAGCAGGUCAUCGCUGUCAAGAUCAAGGAGACAAAAGUGAUGAAGCUGCGGAAGUUGGCCCAGCAGGUUGCCAACUGCCGGCAGUGCCUCGAGCGCUCCACGGUUCUCAUCAACCAGGCCGAGCACAUCCUGAAAGAGAACGACCAUGCACGGUUCCUGCAGACCGCCAGGAAUGUGGCCGAGAGGGUCGCCAUGGCAACUGCAUCCUCGCAAGUUCUGAUACCAGAUAUCAAUUUUAAUGAUGCCUUUGAAAACUUUGCUUUAGAUUUUUCCAGAGAGAAGAAGCUGCUGGAGGGACUGGAUUAUCUAACGGCACCAAACCCGCCAUCGGUCCGUGAAGAGCUCUGCACAGCCUCCCACGACACCAUCACUGUGCACUGGAUCUCGGAGGAUGAGUUCAGCGUCAGCUCAUAUGAGCUCCAGUACACCAUCUUCACCGGCCAGGCCAACUUCAUCAGUCUCUACAACUCCAUGGACAGCUGGAUGAUCGUCCCCAACAUCAAGCAGAACCACUACACAGUGCAUGGGCUUCAGAGUGGUACCCGCUACAUCUUCCUGGUGAAGGCCAUCAACCAGGCAGGCAGCCGGAACAGCGAGCCCGCCCGGCUCAAGACCAACAGUCAGCCAUUCAAGCUGGACCCCAAGAUGGCUCACAAGAAGCUGAAGAUCUCCAAUGAUGGGCUGCAGAUGGAGAAGGAUGAGAGCUCUUUGAAGAAGAGCCACACGCCAGAGAGAUUCAGCGGGACAGGCUGUUAUGGCGCGGCCGCCUGCCACUACUGGGAGGUGGUGGUGGGAUCCUCCACCUGGUAUGCCAUUGGCGUGGCUUACAAGUCUGCACCCAAAAAUGAGUGGAUUGGGAAGAACUCCUCAUCUUGGGUCUUUUCCCGCUGCAACAAUAACUUUGUGGUGCGGCACAACAACAAGGAGAUGCUGGUGGAAGUGCACCCCCAGAUGAAGCGCCUCGGUGUCCUCCUGGACUAUGACAACAAUGCACUCUCAUUCUACGACCCAGCCAACUCCCUCCACCUCCACACCUUUGAAGUCUCCUUCAUCCUGCCGGUGUGUCCCACCUUCACUAUCUGGAACAAAUCCCUGAUGAUCCUUUCAGGACUGCCCGCCCCGGACUUCAUUGAUUACCCUGAGCAGCAGGAGUGUAACUGCCGGCCCCAGGAGUCCCCAUAUGUGUCAGGGAUGAAAGCCUGUCACUAG